ACGCGCUCACGUGCGAGGCAAUCGCAGACUCUCCUUCCGGUUGCUGGUAUGUUCUGAACUGGGCCAAAGUAAUUGAGACGAUUUUAGUGUGCGUGAAGCUUCGAAACUGUGGCAGUAUCAAGUACUUCACCUAAUUUACCCUCUACCACAACGCUAGCCUUAUGAGAGGGUUCUGACCAGUAACUAACCGCAGACAAAAGGUUCUAAAGCAGGACGCUUAAAGGAAUUGUACAUCAAAAGUUGGAUCCGUAAUUUGAGGAAUUUAUACAAGAAAUGAGUGUGGAUGGUCGAACUUCCCCAGAGGCCUGGAACCAGAGUCGAACCCCGACUGAAGUCGACAAUGAUCUGGACGAGAGGUCUACCGCUACUCCAACCACCCCCGACCAAACUUCCAUUGUGACGUCACAACCCCGACCAACGCCGAAGAAACUGACCCGUGUCCAGUUGUUGAUGCCCGCGGACGAUUCCUGCAGUGAACGGGAAUGGACGUCAGGGCUGUGCCAGUGCAGCAAAGGCAGACGGAACUGCUGCAUGAUGAGCUGCUGCUGGGUGUAUCACCGGUACAUCAUCGCCACCAGGGUCGGGGAGACCCCCUUCAUGUCACUCAUCCCUUGCGCAGCCUUCGCCCUUAGAGUCAAAGUCAGAACGCUCUUCAGCAUCAAAGGCUCAAUUCUUCAGGAUUUUUGGACAGCUUUAUGUUGUGAACCGUGUGCAGUAUGCCAGAUGACGAGGGAGCUUGAUGAAGUCGGACUAUGACGUCAUCAACUAAGCAUCCAAUGAAAGUGUUUUUUUAAGAUCACCCAAUCACUUGUUAAGUAUGCAAUGCCAGCAUGGAGCUUUCUGACAGAAGUGUGUACAGGGACUAACGUCAAGGGCACAUAUAUGCCUGUUGCUGGCUUGGUACUUACACUGAGGCUAUGCGACAGACUAACACCAGCGAGCGUCAAAAUGUCGACAAGAAGACGACAGUACUCGAGAAAUCCGUAAUUCAACAGUGUCCGUCAAUAUCACCGCAUAGUUGGAGAGUAGUUAUGUAAGCUCUCUCUCUCCCAAGAACAUGUGACAUUUUACUUCCAUUUGCAUUGUACAUUCAUUGUUAAAGAUAUACAAAUGUGACGUUUGAAACAUACUUCACCUUAUAGACAAUUUAGAACCGUCACGUCAUGACUUCCAGUUUUUCAAUGGGAUCAACGGUGCAUCGGACUUCUUAAAUAGAUCAAGUAGAAACAGAACUUGCUUAAUUACCUUCGAAUGAGAUAACUGAAAAAGACCUGUGUGAGUGUCAGUAAGUUCGGCUAAUGCUAUGAAAGCAGCUCAGAGUUUUGCUUAUCUUGUAUGAGUGGUCAAACUUCGCUUGGUCUUUUACGGUUUCGAAUAAUUCGGGGACAGUUGAUAACGCGUUAAGACAUAAUCAGCGUCCGUGUCACCGAUACCGCACAUUACCGCUGUCAUGUGACGAAUGUAGCUAUGGAACAGUUGUACGAGGAACAGUUUUCCACGCUACAUUUACACUGUCAGUAUUUGUUCCGGGUGGAACUACUUCCACAUGGAACUGAUGAUCGUUGACAGCUGCACCAUGGAAGCUGUACGCAUCGUCAGACUCGCCUCCUCUUGCAUCUCCCUGUCAUACGUCACACACGACAGAUGUCACAUGGCCAGUGGUGUAUUUAAUUUGUCAUUGCUUCAAGUAGACAUUAUAAAUAUUAUAUGAUUAUAAUCAAUUACUCUAUGCAAAUUUCAAACAAUUAGCUCAAUUUAAAACGUCAUUCCCCAUAUUGUUCGAUGUUAUUAUUUAUUGUACAAGAUCUCUUCAGUGUCUGUAGACAAACUUGUGAAUGAAACGAUUCAUGUCCAUUUAGAUAAUAAAUAUACACUUUUCAAAUAAAGUGUGAAACAAA